AAUUCUCCAACCAAUAAACAAGCACAAAAAAAAAAAAAAAAAACCCAUUAAACUAAAAAUCCCCAAUUCCUUUUAUUUUCCAUUAAAAAAAAAUGGGAGUAGCUGAAAAAGAUCCACUUUCAGAGCUGAGCCUGCCGCCGGGAUUCCGAUUUUACCCAACCGACGAAGAGCUUUUAGUUCAAUAUCUCUGCCGGAAAGUUUCUGGCCACCAUUUCUCCCUUCAAAUCAUCGGCGACAUCGAUCUCUAUAAAUUCGACCCUUGGGUUCUCCCUAGUAAGGCCAUGUUUGGCGAAAAAGAAUGGUAUUUUUUCAGUCCAAGGGACCGUAAAUAUCCGAACGGGUCGAGACCGAACCGUGUCGCUGGAUCGGGAUAUUGGAAGGCGACCGGAACCGAUAAGAUUAUUAGUACUCAAGGAAAAAGAGUUGGCAUUAAAAAGGCUCUUGUGUUUUAUGUUGGGAAAGCUCCCAAGGGAACUAAAACUAAUUGGAUCAUGCAUGAAUAUCGUCUCAUUGAUGCUUCUCGCAAGACGGGCAGUAUUAAGUUGGAUGAUUGGGUUUUAUGCCGAAUAUACAAGAAGAAUUCAAGUGCGCAAAAGCUGCCACCGAUGACGAGCAGCAUUUCGAGUAUGGAAUGUAGUAAUGGGGGGUCGUCGUCAACAUGUUCUUCGUCGCACCUCGACGACGUUCUCGAGUCGUUGCCCGAGAUUAAAGACCGGUUCUUUAGCUUGCCUAAAGUCAAUUCUUUCUUAACUUUACAGCAGCAAGAUCAUGAGAACCUCAAGUUUCUUAAUAAUCAUCUUUUGGGGUCCGCUAAUUUCGACUGGGCUUCCGCCGCCCCUGCAGCCUCCUUUGAAGGCCUCAACUUGGCCGCCGAACUUGCUCCGCUGACUCAGUCCCACGCUCCGUCCGGGUUCAUCGAUUCCGAUAUGUGUAUUCCAUCCAGCGAACCGCCAAGGAGCACGGCGGAGCAGGAAGUACAGAGUGGAUUUCAACGGUUUCAGAAUUCCGGUUGGUUGCCGCAAAAUUUCUCCAACUCCGGCGACGGUUUUGGGUUUUGAAAAAUGUCCGGUGACCGGUUCGGCCGGAGUGGAUCCGGUUUAGGGGAGCAGGUUAGAGAGGGCUGUUUGUGUAGAUAAUUCUUUGGGCUAACAUUCGGGAUUUCAGAUACCAGACAAAAAAUAUGGAAAUUGGGUCCAAAAUAUUAGGGCAAUUUUUACUCCAAUACCUUACAAUUACAUCAAAUAUUUGCACUUUUGAUUCAGCUAAAUGUUAGCAAUAAAUGUUGUACUUUUUACCAUAUGG